UGCCUUGUUAUUUCAUUUGUAUACGUUAUCUUUGUUUUAAUAUCUACCCAGCCAAGGAUUUCAUAUAGCAUAUAGUAUGUAUGUCUUCUGUUUUCAAACUUGACAUUGGCAGAAUUAUUGUCGUAAAAAGAUAGAGACAAUAACAACAAAUUGGAAUUGGAAAAUUUAGCACCGUUUUAAGUUCUUCAAGGAAUAUAAAUAUUUAUUAAUAGAAACAUAUUCUUACACAAUGUUGCGGAAUAAAAUACGACAAAUAAAUAACACAGUGAAAGCAAAUAUGCCGAAUAUGAGUUUUGUACGAACUAAAGCUGCUUACGAAGGAGAAGGGAAAACAACCAUACGAGUGUUAAAUCAAGACCAGGAGCUCGGCCUGAUGAUAGACUCAUAUGCAACUUAUGGGUUUAAACUCAACAAUGGGCUGACGGUUCUAGGGCCUAUGGCCAUAUUCCCAAGAUCAGUGCUGUCGUGGCAGGUGAGAGACUCUGAAGAAGUCACCGAGGAGUCACUGAGGUUAUUCAAGAUAUUAGAGCCAAAAAUAGAUUUACUGGUGAUGGGGCUGGAGUCGGGGUCGCGCGCGGCGGCGGAGCGCGUGUACCGCGCCGCGCGCGCCGCCCGCCUCAACGUCGAGAUCCUGCCGAGCGAGCACGCAUGCUCCACCUUCAACUUCCUCAGCGCCGAGGGCCGGUCGGUGGCGGGCGCGCUGAUCCCGCCGCAGCACGUGGUGAUGAGCGAGGACGACAUGCUCGCCGCCAAGCUGCACUACGGCGACGGGUUCAACACCAGCCUCCGGACCAACACCAAAUAGAACUUCAACCGACAAACCGUGCAAUGUUACACUCAUUAUACAAACGUGUUUGUGAUUUAAGGCUCAUGUAGAAGAUGCUAUUUGAUCAGUGUCCCGAGGGCUAGGAUUCUUGUACAGUGUCUGUUCGAAUAGACUCCAACCAGAAAUACGCAAAACGAUGAAACCGAGGGGGGUUGCUCGCUUACAAAAGAUCUAUAAUAUUAUGUCGUAUAUGAAAUUUUGUUUACUACUUUUAUUGCAUCUUCCUUAUGGGGCUUCGCACGCACAUGUUUUGUCGCGCGAAAUAAACAGCUCAUGAAAUCAUUGUUGUAGAUGUAUUUGUUAAUAGAUAUUAAUUUUGUAAAUAUAGUUAAUAGAGAAAUGUUUAUAUUCAUUU